UGUGUAGGAGGUUUAUUUUUAUGAGUCGGAAUUCUAGAAGGCUUAUUUAACUUAUUUCUCAAUGUCAAAGUAUUUCACCUAUUCCAACCUGCCAGAGCAUCAAGUAGCAAUCUACCAUGAUCGYGAGGAACAAUUUGUUGACAAGCCUGGGAAGCAAGAUUUCGUGAGUUUGAUAAUAACAUGUUUGUGGUCGCUUUUAUUGCUSCUUACUUGCCCUAUUUCUGUGUUUUUCUGUAUCAAGAUACUCAAAGACUAUGAAAAAGCUGUUGUAUUCAGACUGGGCAGGCUACUUCCACCUAAAGGACCAGGUGUCAUAUGCAUCAUGCCGUGYUUGGACAGAAUGACUCGUGUGGACAUGAGAAUGAGAGCAUUUAAUGUUCCUCCACAAGAAGUCUUGACCAAGGAUGAAGGUUGGAUAUCAGUAGGAGCUGAUAUUCAGUUCAGUCUAAUAGACCCAGUCCUCUCUCUGACAGCUGUGCAGGACUUGAAUCAUUCUUUAAGGAUGCUUGCACAGACUGCACUUGUUAAUAGGCUCUCAACAAAAACUAUUGCACAGGCUGAAGCAGACAAAAAGUUCAUUGACUUAACUCUGCAGAAUGACUUGAACAAAAGUAGUGAGAAGUGGGGAGUUAAAGUGGAAAGAGUUACAAUUUCACAGAUUCGAGUACUGAAGGAAGCUUCAGUCAGUGAAGGCGUYGAUGUUGUGAAUCUUUUCAAGGGAGGUCCUGACACAUCAACCAUCAAUGUACUAUCAGGACUAAUAGCAUCAGCUUCUGGUGUAUCCACCCAAGCACCUGCMUUCAAGACSCUCAAGCCAGCUAGUCACGUGACCCCUGAAUUUCUCGUUCARCAAGUCACUGGUGUCCUCGACGAAGGACUGGUGCGAGAACUUGGUGGUCUUUACCAGUUUAAUAUUCAUGGCGAAAAUGGUGGAACCUGGAUCAUGGACCUCACUAGUGGAUCGGGGAGCAUCUAUAAAGGUUCAUCUCCUUCCGUACAACCAAAUGUAGUACUCACAAUGGAUGAAGGAAACAUGCAGAGGAUUUUCCGUGGAGAGCUGACGCCGUUCAACGCCUAUAUGCAAGAACUGUUGAAAGUAGAAGGUGAUCUUAAGAUGGCUAUGAAUUUGGACGUUAUUAUUGAGAAAAUCAAGAAGAGAAGGACACAUGAGCAGUCCGGGGUUUUUGUCGUGUAGAUACUUUUAUAAAUAUAGCUAUUUCAAGGAAAGUUGUCCGGGAGAUUAGAGAACGCACUAUAUCAAUAGCGAUUGUGGGCAUCAAAAUUUAUAGGAAAUUACCUUAAUUUUACUGGACACGAUCAACACUAUUAUUCUCAAGCAUUUUCUUCAGCAUUCGUUUAACUAGUUUGAUGAACAGCAGCGAUGAACGCGUUUGCGCGGGGCUUUCAAUGUUGAAUUAGUUGAAAAGCGUUUAAACUUUUUUGUUAAACAUUUAUUUUCUUGAACAUGUUGAAUGAUGUUGAAGUCGUUUGUUAUUUCAACAUAGCAAAUCGUUCAAUUGUUGGACACUGUAAAACAGUUUUUUGUACAAAGAACUGCUUUAGCAACAGCUUUCUUUAUCCGGCACUAAUCUAGUCUAAAAGGUAGAUAGAUAUACGGUGUCGAAAUGAUUUUUUUAUCUUGUGCGAAAAAUAGGAAAAUAUUGUGAGAUAUAAACCUUGGAAACUGGUAAUGAAUUCUAGACAAACAUGUACUCAAUCAUAAUAARCUACGACAGCYGUGCGGGUUGGUUAUGUCCAUUUARAUAUUAUUAAGUAUUUGCAAUUAUUAAAAAGUCGGCUCSUUCAGAGGCGACAUUUUUUGCCCUAUUGAGCARCCUUGUGGUUUCCUCUUUAKGAGRYUWGKGAUCCGURCUACAGUCUCUCUCUUUUUAUAUUUCACCAAGGUUAAUAACCAUUACAAACGAUGCAAAAAUUCAUCACUAGGAAAGUCGUGUAUUUAUAAAAAUAUAAAUAAUUUAUUGGKCACGUUUUUUAAACGUUUAAAAACUAGUAGUUGGCUUGAUGGACGAAGUGUAAAAUUGUAAAAUAGAUAGACAAAUAGAUUAUUAAAAUCUCAAAACUUUGGAA